CUCACAUUUGCCUCCCUCCCUCUCUCCUCCCUCCCCCUCCAGCCUGCUGCUAUCGGAUCUGUGAUGAUAUGUGAUCUCCUGGAUACAAUCAGGCACACACACAAGUACCAGGCACUCCUGCUCAGCCCAGCAAAAUGUCUUUCUCCUAGAAGUGGGUGCUCAUCACAGCCUUCAGAUCCUUGACGAUGUUGCCAUGCUUUCCUUCCUGCCUCCUGCCUUUUGCUGGCUUUGCCUGCCUGCUUUUCCUGCCUGGGGGUCAUCUCUGCCCUGCUGUCUGUAGCUGUAUGGACUACCACACCAUAGACUGCCGGGACCAAGGACUCCCGAGUGUUCCCAACCCCUUUCCUUUGGAUGUGCGGAAACUCCUCAUAGCUGAUAACAACAUCCAGGCGAUACCAGCUGACUUCUUUAUAUUUUAUGGAGAUCUAGUCUAUUUGGACUUCAGGAAUAACUCCCUCACCUCUUUAGAAGAGGGCACUUUUAGCAGUUCUACCAAACUGGUGUAUUUAGACUUAAGCUACAACAAUUUAACACAGCUCGAUGCUGGGAUAUUCAAAUCAGCAGAGAAACUGAUAAAACUGAGCCUUGGAAACAAUAACCUGGUGGAUGUGGACGAGGCUGCUUUUGAGAACCUGGACCAGCUCCAAGUGCUAGAAUUGAAUGACAAUAACUUGCAGAGCCUGAACGUGGCAGCCCUGGAAGCGCUGCCCUCCCUGCGGACCAUCCGCUUGGAGGGCAACCCCUGGGUGUGCGACUGUGACUUUGCCAACCUUUUCAGCUGGAUACAGGACAAUGCAUCCAAGCUCCAGAAAGGUCUCCAUGAAAUCCAGUGCUCCCUGCCCGUGGAGAACAGAAGGAUCUUUCUGAAUGAGUUAUCUGAGGUCAGCUUUAGUGAAUGCAAGUUCAGUUUGUCAUUGACAGACCUUUUUAUCAUCAUCUUUUCUGGAGUUGCCGUGUCCAUCGCCGCAAUUCUCUCCAGCUUCUUCCUGGCCACGCUGGUGCACUGCUUCCAGAGGUGUGCUCCCAGCAAGGAUGAUGAUGAUGAUGAAGAUGACAGCGAGGACUGAACUUAGUCAAACUCCUUAAGUUUCCUUGGUUUCUCACUUACCAGAUCAUCAGCCAAAGUCUCUGAGGAAUAAAAAGUAGAGUGAAAGCUUUAA